AAACCACUGGAAAUAUGAUACAGUUCAAGCAGCACAAGCGAGACUCAACCUUGUCAAUACAUUACUUAGUGGGAGAAGAAACACCACAAAUAUCUCUCUCUCUCAACAAGAACUGGGAAUAUAUCUUUGUAUAACAAAACCUGCCUUUUGAAAACCAGAUUGAGAAGUGUACUGUACAAUCCAAUCAACACAAUGAAGAGAUUACUGCUGUUAUCAGCGGCUGUUUUUCUGUACCUGGAUCCUGUUCUAUGCGAGAACGGUUCAAAUUCACAUAUGUCAGAUAUUACUAAUGUACUUAAAACCUUCAAUGCAUCACCAGUUGGAGAAGAGCCGUGGCUUUACAUUGACAACCCCUCAACCAUUGAGUACCUAUCUGGUGAUAUCAGCACUCUGGUUAUUCCAGCUGUAUAUAUCCUGGUUGUAAUAACAGGGCUUCCAGCCAACGCUGUCGUUUUGUGGAUGCUUCUCUCCAAAACCAAGACUUUCUCCACUGCAGUAUUAUACUUUAGCCUGGCCCUUUCUGAUCUGCUGUUUUUGGUCACGCUAACUUUUAAAAUCCAUUACCAUCUCAAUGGCAACAACUGGACAUUAGGAGAGACCAUGUGUCAAGUGGUGACAGCCAGCUUCUACGGGAAUAUGUACUGUACUAUUCUCAACCACAUGUGCCUUAGCAUAAACCGCUACCUGGCCAUUGUUCAUCCCUUCACUUACAGAAGCCUUCCGAAAAGAAAGUGUGCUAUAGGGAGCUGCAUUCUGGUGUGGGCAUGCUUCUUUGCUGCCAUGGCGCCCGUUUUCUUCAUCACACAGAGCUACACUAUACCGCAGAUUGGGAAUUCUUUCUCAACCUGUCACGAUGUACUCCCACAUUCUGAGAAAAGGUUCUUGCUCAAAUUCUACUCUGUGCUCUUACCAGUGUGGGGAUUUUUUAUACCCCUCAUAGUCGCUUCGUUCUGCUACAUUUCAAUUCUCAGGAAUCUGGACAAGUCUGAACAGAUCUGGUAUUGGUAUAUGAAAAUGACUGGGUUGUUCUUCCUCAUUUUUAUCAUUUGCUUCACCCCAAGUAAUAUCAUCAAUGUUGUUCACUAUAUCAGAUUGUACAGUAUUGGUAAAGACAACUUUUACAUUUAUUAUAACAUAGCCAUGUGUUUCAACAGCCUACACAGCAGUCUCGAUCCAUUCCUCUUCUUCUUAAGAACAAAAUCCUCAGGUUUACAUUUUCAUGCAUCAUCCAAUAGGAAAAUCCUCAGCACGUCUUAGUAACACAGCAAUCUGUGCAGAAGUUACCUGGAUAUAUGAGACAACAGCCACUUUGCACGGAACAAAAUCAAAUGCCAUAAAAAACAAACUGAGUCACAUGCUGUAGAGCAAGAGGCCCUGUAUACAUCAUGUAGAUACUGUACAUUUAAAGAAACUGAAUAUAUUCUGAAAAUGUUGAUAUUUGGAAUAGUAAUCUAUAUGCAUUUUAUUUAACUUGUUAUGCUUUUUUUGUAUAUAAAGUACCAGGAAAAAAAAAGCGGUUCUCACACCUUUUCCAGUGGUGGCAAAUUUGAGGGGACUUGUUAUACUACUUUUCUGCAAAAUAUUUUUAUAUAUAUAUAUAUAUAAAAAAAUGAGAGUACAGGGAGCGGAGAGAGCGAGGCGAAUAAGAGAAACAGCUGCUAAGUAUCUGCUUAUUUGUUUAUUUCUAUUGGUUUGGCCAAUGUGCCCUUUUGUUUUGUUGUGUUUUGUUUGUUUAAAUAUUUUUGUUUAUUUAUUUAAUAAAAUCAGCUGGGCGCCGUUGUGUUCAGCUUCACCCGCCCAUCCACUGUUUUGUUUCUGUUACUUCCUGGUCCGUGACGUCACCACACCUCACCACUGCAAUCCAUCCUGCCACAACAGUAUUUCAGGUUAGAUACAAAAUACCACAUUUAAAUGUCAGUUUUUUGUGAAGUAUAUGGAAAACCAUAUGUUAAAGUAACAUUAUUCAGUAGGUUUCAUUCGAUUUUAUGAAGCAAAAUUAGAUCAUUCUAUAAGGUGACGUAAAACUUUUGGCAAUAGCUGUGCACUGAAAACAUGUCACUUACAGGAAAGCCAGUGAAUGGUGCUGGGAACACAAGCCUAAGAUUCUGAACGUUUUGUGCUUAAACAAAUACAAAUUUACCAUAAUGUGUUCAUCUGCAUCAGAUAAUGUGAGGUGUACAUUAUCAAGUGAUGGUAACCUGAGUUCUACUGAAAUUGUUUUCUGAUCUUUAAAUUAUCUGUGGAAACAUUUUUGAAAAUAUGGAGCAUGGGUCAAAGUAGACAGAGCUCUGGCCUCAAAAAGGGAACAUAAAGUACCUUGUUAAAUGAGGAGCACUGUAACAGGGCGAGCAGCCCUGUACAUUGUUUUGUUUAUUUUUAGAUCGGGGUCUCCCCCUCCGCCCCUGUGCAGAUUGUUUUGUAUUGUUUAUUUAUUUUUAUUGUAUUAUAUUUAUGACGGCGUACCACCGUGUUAUUGUUUUGUUUAUUGUUAAAACGUGUCCUGGCAGAGGCGAGAUCGGUGCUCGUCCUCUGCCAGGAGUAAUAAUUAAAACUCGUGCAGAAGGUGGCCAUCUCCCGAAUUAAUUAGGUGAUUUAAUUUGUUGCUAAUCGGGAGAUGGUCACCUGUUAUAAAAAGCCUGCAGCUCUCUAGAUCAGGGGGGGUGUCAGAAGGAGAGAGUGUGCGAGAGGAGUGACGGAGAAACGAGAGAAAGAAAGUAAACAUAGGAACAGUGAAGGCAAUCUGCCCAGCCUGACCUGUGUUGCAGUUAUUUUGUGUUCGUGAUUUGUUUUUGUUUACCCUUUUAUUUUGCUCUGUGAGCGAGUGUUUUCUGUUUAAAUAUUUUAUUUAUUUUUGGAUUGCUUUAAAUAAAACGGCGCCCGCGCCACUGCACCAUA